CACGCACGCGCACUUUCGUGGCGUGAACGUGAUUGUGGCGCCAUAUUAUUCCGUAGUCAAUUCUUUCACUACUGACUCUUUCAAUCUUCAACCGUACGCGACAUGGCUCCGCCAGCGAAGAAAACCAAAGGCCCGGCUAAGAAGCAGGUCCUUCGGGGCAAGGGACAGAAGAAAAAGGUGUCCCUGAGGUUCACGAUCGACUGUACUCAUCCCGUGGAGGAUAAUAUUAUGGAUGUUAGCAAUUUUGAAAAAUAUUUACAAGAAAAGAUUAAGGUUGGCGGUAAAACCAACAACUUUGGCAAUAGCGUCAUGCUGGAGCGUAAUAAGAUGAAACUCAGCAUCAACAGCGAUGUUGAUUUCUCCAAGCGGUAUCUUAAAUAUUUGACAAAAAAAUACUUGAAGAAAAACAAGUUGCGUGAUUGGUUACGAGUUGUCUCAAAAGAUAAAGAGACAUAUGAAUUACGAUACUUCCAAAUUAAUAGCCAGGAAGAUGAUGAUGAAGAGGAUGCUGAGUAACUCUUUUUUUAAUUCUUUCCAUAUUCAACUACAGAUGUAUCUGUAUAUAUUUCUUUUAAUAAAGAAUGAUAAAACCUA